AGAGAGAGAGAGAGAGAGAGAGAGAGUAAAAAUCUAAAGGGUGAUAUACUUAUAUAUAAUUUAAUUUAAGAUAAUUAUUGUGAUUCACUAUAAUUAAGUUAAUUUGAGGAGCUACUAAUCAUGGGUCAUCACUCAUGCUGCAACCAGCAAAAGGUGAAGAGAGGGCUUUGGUCACCAGAAGAAGAUGAGAAGCUUAUUAGAUAUAUCACAACUCAUGGCUAUGGAUGUUGGAGUGAAGUCCCUGAAAAAGCAGGGCUUCAAAGAUGUGGAAAAAGUUGUAGAUUGCGAUGGAUAAACUAUCUUCGACCUGAUAUCAGAAGAGGAAGGUUCUCUCCAGAAGAAGAGAAAUUGAUCAUAAGUCUUCAUGGAGUUGUGGGAAACAGGUGGGCUCAUAUAGCUAGUCAUUUACCCGGACGAACGGAUAACGAGAUAAAAAACUAUUGGAAUUCAUGGAUUAAGAAAAAGAUACGAAAACCGCACCACCAUUACAAUCGUCAUCAACCGUCAAUAACUACUGUGACAAUGAACGUGGACGAUGCACCUAUUGCCACUACCGUUACCUCUACCACUAAUCCAUCCACUAUUGAUAACCUACAUUUUGAUGGUUUCAUGGAUUCUGUAAACCAGUUAAAUUUCGCCAACGAUCAAGAAACUAAUAUAAAGAUUCAAGAAACCCUUUUCUCCCAUAAACCUCCUCUCUUCAUGGUGGACACAGCGCUUCCUAUCCUAGAAGGAAUGUUCUCUCAAAACAUCAUCACAAACAAUAACAACAAAAACAACAAUCAUGACACGCAAAGAGGAGGAAGAGGAAACAUUUGCGAACAAGCAUUUCUAACAACUAGCACAGAAGAAUGGGAUAUGAAUCUUCCUCAACAAGAACAACGAGAACCGUUUCAAGUUCCUACAAUGGCGUCCCAUUUGUUCAAUAACUCUACCAAUUCAAAUAUCGAGACAACUAUAAGUUAUAAUCCACCGGCGAUACUAGAGGAAAAUGUGGAUAACAUUGUCCCAAUUGAAAAUAGCAAUGUCCAAGAUGGAUAUAUGGCAUCAAGUUUCGAAUGUUUAAAGAGGCAAGACCUAAGCUAUGAUCAAUGGGUAGAUUCACAACAAUGCUCUAACUUUUUCUUCUGGGACAACCUUAACAUAAACAUGGACGGUUCAUCUCUUCUUGGAAACCAAGAUUCAUCAAUGACCUUGGGAUCAUCUGCCUUAUCUUCAUCUUUUCCGUCUCCAUUUUAAUUUAAUGUUUAUCGCAUCACAGAAACUCACGCUAAUUUGUUUAUAAGUAUGUUCUUUAGUUUUUUCUUUUUGUCUUUUUCCGUAGAGUCUAUUUUCUGAUUUUUGUUUACUUUAAUAUGAUCUUGUAAUAAUGAGUGUUCUAAAUUGUUGAUGAGGAUAUGGUGAGAAUGUUUGUAUGUAUGUGGUAUUUGUUAACUCAUGAUUUUACACUUAACUUGAU